AAUGUCGGACAACAAACGAAGCUUUUAUCGAGGGGUCUUCACUUUCUCACACACUCUCUAUCCCCAACACCUGCUCCUCAGUCAUGUGCCCAUUGUUUCCUGAGCAGUAAGCCUGUCAUUUAGUAUGUGGCGUCCCUCUGUUCCUUGUGUCAUUAGUCUGUUUCCAUUGGCUGCAGACUGUGAGAACCUCGAGCACACUCCAGACUCACACAUUCAUAUGGAGAUUUGGGAGUAUAAAUAGAGGAGAGGAGGGAGAGAGAGAUCAGAUCUGAUCCUGACGGAGAACUGAACAGAACAGACACAGGAGUCAUGGCACCUACAAUCAGUGGACCAAUGAUCUACACUGCAGGACAAACUUCACUGACACAUAAGCUGAGAAAACCAAUAGUGGAGAAAAUUCGGCGAGAACGUAUCAACAGCAGCAUUGAGAAGCUCAAGUCUCUUCUGGGCCAAGAGUUCCUGAAACAACAGCCCGACUCCAGACAGGAGAAAGCUGAUAUCCUGGAGAUGACGCUUGAUUUCAUCAGACGACAGCAGCAAUCCCAGAAUCCCUCCACCUGCUCUCCUGCAGUUAAUGAUGGUUACUUCAGAUGUGUACAGGAGUCCAUCAACUUCCUGACUCAGUGUCAAGUGCAGACCGAGUCUCACAGAAGACUCCUGAAGAUCUUCCUCAACAUGAAGCCUUCAACAGAGAAGACGACGACACGUGUCCUGUCCCAGCUCAAUUCAGCGGUCUGUCAGAGCAGCAGCACAGAGAAAACUUCAACUUGCUGUCAACUCUGGAGACCUUGGUAGAGUCACAUGAAGGACACUUUAUGAUUUAUGAAACCGAAUUCAAGAUGCCAGUCUGAGAUUGGCAUGAACUGUAAUUCAAAUGUAGGAAUUGAUUUCCAGCUCUGCUGCAUUGGCAGAAUGUUUAAAUACUUUCAGAGAAAGUUAAACUGUGUAUGGCAUUAUUGUUUUGUCAGAAUGAUUAUUACAUUCGUGAAAGUAUGAUUGAAAGUUUUUGAUCAUAGAAAAGUCUGAUUGCAGAUGUUUCACCUAUAUUGGGUUUAUUUUCUCCAAGGAGGCUUAAACUGCUUUCAUUUUUCGAAAGCCUUUAUUUGUUUCGGUUGUCUGAAAUGCAUCUAUUGUUAUUCUUAUUACAUAAGAAAUAUUUUUUCUUUUGAAAGAUGUUCAUUGUGUGUGAAAAGCUCGAAUUAUUCUUUAUGAAGUUUAUGUAUGUACAUGCAUGCAUGUAUUUGACCUUGCAGACUCAGGUUAUCCCCUUCACUGAAGGUAUAUCCUAUGCUUCAUAUUUGAAGCAUAAUAUAAAAUAAAUCUGAAUAAUAUCUUAA